GUAAUUUUUAACAGAUCAUUUUAGAACGAACUAAAAUUUUACUUUUAUUUAUGAAAAAAGUAUUGUUUUUUUUUAAUUUGAACUAAGAAGGAACAACAAAUUUUUAAAAAAUGGGAGCAGGACCAAGUAUUGAAGUACCGGGUGGUGGAACUGAAGGGUAUCAUGUCUUAAGGGUCCAAGAAAACUCUCCUGGGCAAAAAGCAAAUCUUGAGGCAUUUUUUGAUUUUAUAGUAGCUAUAGGCAAUACACGCCUUGAUCAAGAUAAUGACACCUUGAAAGAGCUUCUUAAAACUAACGUUGACAAACAAAUUAAAAUGACUGUUUAUAGCAGUAAGACACAAUCAGUCCGUGAAGUUUUAAUUACACCAUCAUCGAAUUGGGGUGGUCAAGGACUUUUAGGAGUGUCAAUAAGAUUUUGUUCUUUCGAAGGAGCAAAUGAAAACGUUUGGCAUAUAUUAGAAGUGCAUCCGUCUUCACCUGCCGAGCAAGCUGGUCUAAGAGCGUUCUCUGAUUAUAUAAUCGGGGCAGAUGCCAUUCGUCAUGAAAGUGAUGAUUUAUUUACAUUGAUUGAGACUCAUGAAGGACAGUCUCUGAAAAUGUACGUAUACAAUAUAGAUGACGAUACAUGUAGGGAAGUUACUUUAAAACCAAAUUCUAAAUGGGGCGGUGAAGGAAGUUUAGGAUGUGGAAUAGGGUUUGGUUAUUUGCACAGAAUUCCUAUUCAACAUAUCGCUGCAGGUGGAAAACCUUUAUUUAAGUCAUCUAUUGACACCAAAACUCCAAUCAACAAUUCUGGAUUUUUGCAACAAAAGCAAGAAACGUCGAAAAAUAUUGAAGUUGCUGAAAUAGCUACGGUCAAUCCUUCGUUCCCAUAUGUUCCACCACUAACUAACACUUUUACCACAAAUGCACCUCCUCUUGUUACUCCAAUAACGACAGUAUCUACUGCACCCCUUAAUCUUAUGGAAAAUUCUAAUAUUGAACCUUCGUCGAAUGAGGAUAUAAGUAGAGUUACGCAAAAUAUAGAAAAUUUAAGUAUUGAUAAAAAUUCUAAUCAACAAACAAUAACGACUCCGUCGACUCAAAUAGGUAUUCCGCCUCUACAAGAUGGACAAGGAAAUAUCCCAACAACACAAACAUCAUUAAUGAAUACUAGCCAACAUUUUAUUUCAAAUGAAUAUCAGCAACAAACAAAUGGUUCUAAUACACUUUCUUCAAUACAACCUUCGCUUUUUGACUCGGCAAACACAGGAACAUCAAUAAUGAUUUCAUCACCUUCACAAAUAUCUAAUAUACCUCCCCCGUCUAAUAUUCCUGGGUUUAACAACCAAAUGCCAAAUAUUUCUCAGCCAUCGGUUCAAUCUAACCCAGCAUACAUUAAUCAAAAUGCAUAUUUAAGUUAUCCUACAUUCAAUAGUGAUGCCCCAAAUUUUUUUAAUCAACAACAACACCAACAAUAUUAUUCACCACAAGCUGAUUUAAGUUAUGCCGCACCACCUUUCGUGCAAACGUAUUCAUCAUUCCCUCAAGUGCAACAAACUUCAGUUUCAACACCAAUUUCUUUACCUGGCAUGCCACCUCUUACUGUAACAACAACAAUCCCAGAAACUUUAUUCAAAAAUGAGACACCUACCAAGUGAACUGAUUGAAAGAACAGGAAAUUUGCAUUAGAAAAUCUUUUAUAGAAAUUUUAUGAAAAUUUGCCUAUAGUAUAUAAUUUUAAUUUUAACUUGAUAUUAUUUAAAGUUCUUUCUUAUUAAGUCAACUUCCAAUAUAUUAUUUAAAAAGGUUCUCUAGUGUAGCAUAGGAAAAUUAUAAUUUAAAUUUUUUUUGUGCGACCUGUUACACAAGAACGUUGUUGGUAAUAAAAUUGUGCUUUCAAUACAAUACAUAA